AAAGUUUCUCCCAGACUUUCCAGAGAUCUGCUGCUGCGCUGAGCUGACUGCUCUGUUUCCUAGGAUACCAUCCGCUUUCUCCAAAACUUUCCUUGUGUUUAGAGCCUUCCGCAGAUUCCUCUCACUGACCUGCAAGUGUUCUGGGCACAGGUGCUUUAUUCCUGAAAAUGAUAUUUGACAUGGCAAUUACUCCUGGAGAGGUGACCACUUCUCUCAUAAUUUUGGUGAUGGUUUUUAUUUUUGUAAGAGUAGUCAGGAGUAAGGGGAGAAAGCAGAUGUCUCCUCCUGGCCCAUGGUCUUUCCCCAUCAUAGGAAAUUUUCUUCAGCUUGGAGACCAUCCUUAUCUUACAUUCGCAGAGAUGAGGAAGAAAUAUGGGGAUGUUUUUCUCAUCAGACUUGGCAUGGUACCUGUCGUGGUGGUGAAUGGAAUGGAAAUGGUGAAGCAAGUACUACACAAGAAUGGAGAGCAUUUUGCAGGCAGACCUAAAAUGCAUGCAUUUUCUUUCCUGGCAGAAAGAAAGAGUCUUUCAUUUUCAGUCAAUUAUGGUGAGAGUUGGAAGCUUCAUAAGAAAAUAGCCUCUAAUGCAUUACGGACUUUCUCUAAAACAGAAGCAAAAUCCUCCACCUGCUCUUGCUUACUUGAGGAACAUAUCGUUGAUGAAACUGCUGAGCUGGUUAAAGUCUUUGCAGAUUUGACUUCUAAGAAUGGCAGCUUUGAUCCCAAAAAUGUCAUCACGUGUGCAGUGGCCAACAUUGUCUCUGCCCUUUGCUUUGGCAAGAGAUAUGACCAUGGGGAUGAGGGGUUUCUUAGGAUAAUCAAAAUUAAUGAUGACUUACUCAAGGCCUUAAGAGCAUCUAAUCCUGCCGAUUUCAUACCAUGUUUUCGCUACCUUCCACUGCGGAUUAUAAAUGCUCCUCAAGAGUUUUAUCAGAUCUUGACUCGAUUUGUUGCACAACAUGUACAAGAUCAUCUUACUACAUAUGAUAAGGACCAUAUGCGAGACAUUACUGAUGCUUUGAUUAGUACCUGCCACAAGAAAUAUACAUCUACCAAAACAGCCACCUUAAAUGAUGAUGAAAUCAUAAACACUCUGAAUGACAUCUUUGGAGCUGGUUUUGAAACUGUAUCAACAUGUUUGUAUUGGAGCUUUCUUUAUUUAAUAUACUAUCCAGAAAUUCAAGCCAGAAUUCAAGAAGAAAUUGAUAGAAAUAUUGGGCUUAAAUCACCUAGACUUGAAGACAGGAAAAGUUUACCCUACACUGAAGCUUUCAUAAAUGAAAUAUUCAGACAUACCUCCUUUGUUCCUUUUACUAUUCCACAUUGUACCACAGCUGACACUACCCUGAAUGGUUAUUUCAUUCCCAGGAAAACGUGCACCUUUAUUAACAUGUAUCAAGUAAAUCAUGAUGAAACUAUUUGGGAUAAUCCCAGUUUAUUUAAUCCUGAGAGAUUCCUAAAUGAGAACAAGGAAUUGAAUAAAAGUCUUGUUGACAAGGUUCUGAUAUUUGGAAUGGGAAUCCGGAAGUGUCUCGGAGAAGACAUUGCACGAAGUGAGGUAUUCAUUGUCAUCGUCACAGUUAUGCAACAGCUCAGGCUGAAACAAUGCCCUGGAGCCAAGCUGGACCUGAAGCCCCGGUAUGGGUUAGUCAUGAGGCCCCCACCCUACAAGCUCCAAGCAGAGCCCCGCUCUGCCAGUGUUACACCUUAGGCUCUCUGACUGGAGGUAGGUUUCUGAUUUAAGUCAGAAAAAUUAUGAUUUAAAUUCAUUUAAUAAGCAAUUUAAAUAUUGUACCCUAAGCCAUGUUAUUAGUUCAAUUCUUUGUCUAUUAUCCUACUAGAGGAAAUGUUGUGUGUGUUUUUUUAAAGUCUGUGGUAUAGCGUCAAUUCUAAUAGGAGAGAUCUUGUCUCAUAAGGAUAUUUUAAGGUAAUAAUAAAGUGUGAUGUAAUUCAGGGAUUUUAACCUAUGUCUCAUGUGAUGGUGUCACAGCUGUCACUGUGAACAUGGAAGGAAGGAAAAGGUGCCUAGUGGAUUGAACAAGCAGGUAAGGAGGCUCUGUCUACCUUCCUGUAUACCAGCUUCAAAUGGACAGGCAUACUUAUAUUGGUUUUAAAUACAGGGUUCAGAAUGAGAACAAGGUCCUGAUGUCAAAUAUAUAUUUUUUCCAGUGGUCUAGGAAAUAGGGGCUCACGAUUUCCGGAGAAGGGAGCAAGAGUAGCCUAGCAGAACAGAGAACAGUUCACUGGCAAUAGAGGAGCUGAGCUUGUUUUAGAGAAGUAGAGAAAAGGAUGUGAGGGGGAAUUUCUUCAAAAUCCACUUUUAUAUUGGCUUUUACUUUUUUUGUAUUAAGAAUUUAACUUCAGGGCAAAGUGGUGUUUUUACAAUGCUACCAAUUGCUUCUGACAAGUAUUAAAUGUAUACAUGUGCGUUAACCUGCUAAGGCUGCCGCAACAAAAUACCAUAGUCUGGGUGGCUUGAAUGACAAAAAUUUAUUUUCUCAAGAUCAUGGCAUCUGCAGAGUUGGUUUUCCCCAAGGCCUCUCUUCUUCUGUAGGUGGCCUUCGUCUCGUCAGGUCCUCACAUGGCCUUUUCUCUGUGUGCACACACCUUUUGUGUCUCCUUUCCCUUACAAGGACACCAGUCAUAUUAUAUUGGAGCCUCACCCCACUGGCCUCAUUUUAUCUUACCUCUUUGAAGACCUUACCUUCAAAUACAAUCUCAUUCUGAGGUACUGAGGGUUAGUACUUAAACAUGAAUGUUGGGCAUGGGAGAGGGGCACAACGCAGCCCAGUACAACAUGAAAAAAAAAAGAUAGCAAUUAUUUUAUAAUACUUUUCAGUGUAGUACCCAGCAUUAUAUGUGGGCUUCUUAACCUGAAUUUGUUAAUAAGUUACAUCAUAUAAGGAGCAUAAAAUGGACAGUGAAAAACCAUGUAUUUCAGAUCGAGGCUUUAAGAACAGUUGCAUCACAAAGGACUUGGAAAUCAAGCUGGUGCAUAAAAGUGUACGUGGGCUCUAAUUUCAGUAGGAGAGAAGUUCGGGGGAGGGGGCGCUUUAUAUAAUGACCAUGCUGGCCAGGUUACAGCAAUAAAAGGAGAGAAGUCAAACAAUUCAGAGAUGUUGAAGAUUCAAGUCAGGACUUCGUCUUUCUUUUCAAAUAUAAAUAAACUCAGCAUUUUCCUUGGGAAUAAGCAGAUUGGGUUGCUUGUCUUUGUGUGUGUGUGAAAGCUUUUCAAAUUAUUUACAUUAUGCCUAUGACACUAUGUUAAACAGAAACUAUUUUUACCUUUUUUUUUUUCUGUAAGAAACUGCCAAAUCUUCUGUGUACUCAACAAUAAUGGGAAUGAUUAGAACACUACAAGAAUAUUGGUAUCUAUUAUCUGGUAUUUUCUAUAAAGAAUUGUACUUUUCUGCUUCUUUUUUUUAACAGUAAGCAUAUAUGACUUGGUACUUUUA